AUAAAGCCAAGGCGUCCAGACAGCGGUAAGAACGUCGAGACUCCCUUCAUGGCGACCAUGGCACUCCGGUCCACCUAUGCAGUGUUUGCAUUAGCCAUAACAUUGGCGCACGCAUAUGUGGAACACCUUGAUGACACGUUUAAAGAACUCAGGAAAAAGGACAUUUGGCUGGUGGAGUUCUAUGCUCCUUGGUGUGCAUACUGUAAGACUUUUGAGCCUGUGUGGUACGAGGUGGGAGCCGAACUGAAGAGCAUGGGUUCUGAGGUGAAUGUGGGUAUGAUGGACUGCACCUCACACAGCAGUCUUGCCUCUGAAUUGAAAAUCCGUGGAUACCCUACAAUUAAGCUGUAUAAGGGUGAGAAGGUCUUCCAUUACAAUGGACCCAGAACAAAGGCUGACAUUAUUGAAUUCGCCAACAGAGUUACAGGACCUGCUGUCCGUGCGAUUCCAAACCAGCAGAUGUUUCAGAAUGUCAUGACUCAUAAUGACAUACUCUUUGUGUACAUCGGCGGAUCAUCAACACUAAAGGAGAAGUAUGUGAAGACGGCUUCUGAACUCAUCGUUUACCUCUCUUUUUACUCUGCCUUAGAAAAUGUUUUGCCCAAGGUAGUGACACUUCAAGAGGUUCCUGCAGUUGUUGUAUUCAAAGAUGGAACAUUCUUCAUAUAUGAUGAAAAGCAGGAUGGUGACCUGACUACUUGGGUGAAUAGGGAGCGUUUCCCCUACUACACCAAACUGGACUCUUACACUCUAUAUGCAAUGGGAGAUUCAGGGAAACUUGUGGCAAUGGCAGUUGAGAAUGAGAAGAAACCAUCUGAGGAAAGCAUUCGGUUCAAGAGCCUAAUUGAGACAGCAGCUUCUGAGUACAAAGAUCAUUUCGGCAGAGAUUACCAAUUUGGACACAUGGAAGAAAACAGUUACCUAAAUGGCCUAGUGAUGGGUGAAGUGAAGGCCCCCUGCAUCAUUGUGCUGAACCUGUCUAAUGAUGGAUAUUUCAUGCCUAAGAAGCCACUGAACAGCAUGCAGGAUCUGCGGUCCUUUCUGGAUGGGAUCUUGGAGGGCAAGGUUCAGCAACGUGGAGGGAAUGGAGCUGCGCAGCGUGUGAAAAGAAUAUAUAUUGAUACAAAGAAAACCCUGACGACCAUGUUUGAAGCUGCACCGAUCUGGACAUGCCUAAUUAUCACUAUACCAUUUGGAGUGGUUGGCAUGUUAAUAUAUGCCACGUGUACGGCAAAGAGAGUGGAGGAGGAUGAGGAUGAGGAGCCACUGCGGGAGGUGAGGAAGGCCCUCGCACAGAAAGAAAAGAAGAAGGAUGCUGCUGCUGCAAAGAAGAAGGACUAGCCAAACGGACUAGCCAAAAGCGCUGAAAGAAUUCACCAAAUGCAGCUAUUAUGAACAUGACUUUUUACUUUGGUACAUUUUUACCUUAACAAAGGCUUGAUAACUGAUUGGAUUAUUUAAAUCGAAAAUCAUCUGUAGCUUUUGUUUUUUUAUAUUCAGAAGGACACAGUGUUAUGAAAUGUAUUCUUUGUGUAGAUUUGUUUAAUUUAAUUUCACCACAACUCUGCAGAAUACUACUGUAUACAAAACACAUUUCACAAUCAUAAUUUCAAAUAAGGAUCUCCUUAAUUUUAUAUUUGUUAUUGCUGUUGGUGACAUGCACAGUGUAAUGUCACUGCUUCAUACUCCUUCAAAUAAACUAAACUUUGUGUCUAA